ACGACUUCUGACCUGAUCAUCUCCCUAUCUACUCAGGAUCGUCAGAGACCCGGGUACUCAGGAUUUGGUAGCUUCUGUAUCAAGAUAAGUGCUUCCCUAGUACCAGAAUCCUACCAUUCCUUUCAAAAAUUCGAUGUGCGUCAUAUUGAGAUGAACCGUUGCUGGAAAACUAUCCUUUCUGAAUGUGCAAGUUCUUCCUGUUCAAGAAACCCCCGAGGAAUUAUGCUUUUUUCUUAGCUCUGUUGGUGGCGCGGAGAAUAUGUCUAUGAAAUUGCAGUCGGAGAUAUUAUUCUCCUGGCUCGGGGAAUUCCUGCAGCGAAAAUUCAGCAUCAGAAUUCAAGCAGGUGCCCGACAACAGGGACCUGCGUCAACAGACCCUAGUAGACUUCGCCAGUAACAGCAGUGGACCCGUAUGCAUAGACAUCCUGGUGAUCCAAUGAUAUGGCCACCAGUUCUUAGCGAUUAGGGCCUUCUACCUAUGGCCAACACGAAACACACCAAUUGUGACCAGGGUAGCAAGAUUGAAGCCCAAACCUGCAGUGUUUCCUUAGCGUCAUGUAACAAUUUCUGUGGUGAAUUUCAUCCAGUUCCCUGAUCAACGAUCUAAAAGGCGGGUUGGCUCCGGAAGGGCACUACCGGCCCAUCUUUCAUCGUUCGUUCUACCCAGGAGGUAGGUUAGGUAGUCCCGGGGGAACUGUUCGACUGUCUACUUAUAUCGUUCCACCCUUCCGCACCUAUUACAGGUUUGACAACGAGUCAAACAUGUCGACCAAUGCUGGACCCCAAGAGUGGGAGAAUCAAAGGCUGCGGAUCUUGAUCCCUACGACCGCUCUUUUUGCUUUGUGCACUUUGUUUUUGGGGUGGAGAUGUAUCUAUGGCUUCAGAAAUGGCCGCAAGCUCUUAGUCUGCGACUAUUUGCUGCUGAUCUCUUGGGGCAUGUCGGUCGCGAACGUGGGAUUACGUUUCAUACUGGUUGAUACAGCGCUGGGACGCCAUAUCAUGGAUCCAUCGAUUGGACCUGCCAACCUCAAGAAAUACUCGUAUUUCCUGUGGAUCAAUCAGCUUGUCAACAUCGUAGCAGUGGCGAUACUCAAGUUCUCCAUCUGUGCAUAUCUCCUCGUCGCGGAUUUCUCUAAGCUUUACCGAGCCAUUGUCUGGUUCUCCAUCCUUCUGAUCAUGGCGUUCAACUUCCUGGCGCCCGUCCUCACAUUGUUCGGAUGCACGCCACUCGAAGCAAACUGGAACAGAGCCAUCAAAGGAAAAUGCUGGGCGAAAGGAACGUUACCCCUGAGCUACUCUCAAGGUAUCAUCAACAUCUUGACCGACGUCAUGUAUGUUGUGGCACCGCUCAUCUAUCUCUCGCAAGUACAAUUGCCAAAGCGUACGCAGUGGUCUCUCCGUGUCGUCUUCUUGUUGAGUAUAGCUGCGACCGUAUGCUCUAUCUUCAAGACUAUAGAGCUCCGCACUCUCACCAAAACCCGCGACCCAACCUGGGACGGCAUAAACCUCUCCAUCUGGUCCGGCGCAGAGCUCUACGUCGGUAUCCUCAUUGCCUCUCUCCCACCCCUCCGCAAAGCCUUCGACGAUCUCAUCAAACGCUAUUUCCCACAGUUCGGCCAAACUACGCGCGCCAAAACGAGUGGUUACGAAAAUUAUGGAAAGGAGACAUCUGGCUCGCAUAACGUCCAGCUGCAGACUUUCGGAUCGAAGAAUCCGCGCGGUAUCAAUCGGCCUCAUGGGGAGAGUGUGAUGGAUAGCGAUGAUGAGAGCGCGAAGGGUAUCUUGGAGGAAGGUCCCUUUAAAGGUGGGGGGAUCAGGAAGACUACACAGCUUACCAUAGACGAGGAGAGGGGUGUUGAUCGCUCUACCGUUAAUAACUCACCCGUGGAGGAGGAGCUGUGGAUGGAUCCCAGUGGGAGGAUCAGGCAAGGACCUCCUCCGCUAGGUAGGUAAAGGAUAAAUUAGUAGCAGUUUUGUGUCACGAUAGCAAAAACGGUGGUUCAAGCGUUUCUGGCGAGGUAAUCUGUCUUGUUGUAACACACUCGUUCUCUGUAUGUUUUUUUUCUUGAUACCACUUGUAGUUUCCGCAAUCAUGUACAUACAGAUAUUGUGAGAUUUCUGGUUGACGCACCCCAUAGUUAAAAUGAAGAUGCGAGAUACUCCUAAAUCGGGGGUUUUUUUUUGUGUCGGGGUUGCUCCCUGGCCCGGUGCCG